AUGUCUUCCUUGAGCAGGGAGCUGGUUUUUCUAAUCCUGCAGUUCUUGGACGAGGAAAAAUUCAAGGAGACAGUCCACAGGUUACUCACCAUCCGUCUCCUUCAAGGAAAAAUUCAUUGGGAACUAUCAGUAGAAGAAAAUAUUAGAAUAAGAGCAAUACUCCGUUUUUGCUCGAGGGGUUUUAAUGCAUUUCUUUGAUCUCUGCAAUUCACAGGUUGGAGCAGGAGUCGGGAUUUUUCUUCGACAUGAAGUAUUUCGAGGAUCUGGUGCAGGCAGGGGAGUGGGACGAGGUGGAGAAGUACCUCAGCGGAUUCACAAAAGUCGAAGACAAUCGCUAUUCAAUGAAAAUCUUCUUCGAGAUAAGGAAGCAGAAGUAUCUUGAGGCCCUCGACAGGUUGCCUACCUCCCAUCAUGUGGUUCAUCUGUGCAAGGUUCUCUAUAUUUGGAAAUUAAUAGCUAUUGUGAUGUGCUUUCCACAGCCAAGAUAGAGCUAAAGCUGUGGAGGUGCUUGUCAAGGAUCUUAGGGUUUUCGCUUCCUUUAACGAAGAUCUCUUUAAGGAGAUCACUCAACUUCUUACACUUGAGAAUUUCAGGUUCUUUCACCUCAUCACUUGACCCUUUUGCUAGAUGUUCAUCGCAUGGAAUUCUUGCUGAUAUGUUGUCUUGACACACCAGACAGAAUGAACAGCUUUCCAAGUAUACAGACACUAAGUCUGCUAGGAGCAUCAUGCUCAUGGAGCUUAAGAAGUUGAUCGAGGCGAAUCCAUUGUUUCGUGACAAGCUUGCUCUUCCAGCAUUCAAAGCAUCUCGACUGCGAACCUUGAUCAACCAGAGGUUUAUCAUCAUCAUCAUUAUCAUCAUUUUAUUAUUUUUUGCCUGCCUUAUCAUCAUUAUCAUCAUCAUCAUCAUUUUUGACUGCGAACCUUGACCAACCUUGUUUCGUGCCUGCUAUAGUCGCCCAUAUCCUAUUUUUCUUUCCUCGGGGUUUAUCGUACUAUGAAUUUUGAAUCGCCUGACAUCUCAAUUAUAAUCGGUACACAUCAUGCUUUCUCGUGGUUUGGAUGCAUUUAUUUAUAAAAUUUUUGUGUUCAAUUAAGCUUCUCAUAUCCUCCUUUUCUUUCCUGAGCCUUAAAUGUGGAAUAAACAUUUUAUUCAGCAGUUGCUUGUUGAUAGUUACUGUAUGUCAUUUUUUUCUCGCUUUUUGGACGGAUUAAUUCAUUGAAUUAAGCUGUCCAUAUGUGUUAUGUGACAUGUAGAAGGUUUCAGUAGAUUUUUGGGAAGUUUUCUUGCUUGUUGAUACAUACCAUCCUGCACUUUGGUGGGAUCUCACUUGUUUCCUAUUUUUUCAAGUCUUAACUGGCAGCAUCAGCUCUGCAAGAACCCACGCUCAAACCCUGACAUCAAGACGCUAUUCAUCGAUCACUCAUGUGCACCUGCCGGUGGAGCUCGUGUGGUGCCGCCAGCCAACAGCCCUCUUCUUGGGCCCGUUCCCAAGCCCGGGGCGUACCCUCCUGCUGGUGUUCAUGGUGUAAGCUGGCCUAGCCUUUGAAAACACAAUUAAAUCCAUGAUGACACUUUUGGUGUUGACACAUGUGCUAUGUAUGGGCUCUGCCUGUAGCCAUUCCAGCCGGUCCUUUCUCCAUCAAACGCCCUUGCAGGAUGGAUGGGCGGUGGGAAUCCACCCCUGCCUCAUGCUGCUAUGGCUACUGCUCCUCUGGGUCUCAUGCCACAUCCUAAUGCAGGUCUCCGUAUAUUCCUACCCAUUUUCAUUGCGAUUCUUCUAUCUUGUUGGGUGAACUUAUCCAUCAUCUGGCCUUUGCCUCGCCCACAGGUCCGUUUUUAAAACAUCCGAGGACGCCAACCAGUGCAUCUGCCAUUGACUACCAGCCGGCUGAUUCGGAACAUUUGAUGAAGCGAAUGCGGGUUGGCCAAUUGGAAGAGGUCUGAAGGAUGAAUAAUUCAUACCGCUCGUGGCCCCUGUGGGCAUCUUUGCUUACCUGUUUUUUGUGAUUUUCAAGGUAUCGUUCUCAGGUUCUGCACAUUCUCCGAAUAUUUAUUCACUCGAUGAUCUCCCCAGAACUGUGGUUCGGGCACUGAACCAGGGUUCCAGCGUCCUUAGCCUGGACUUCCAUCCACUGCAACAGACGAUCCUCCUCGGUAAUUCAUUGCAUUACAGCAAAAGCAUCACUGUUCCUUUGGGUCGUCAUUGGGAUGCCAUAAAGCUGAUUCCUUUAACAGUUGGAACGAACAUUGGAGACAUUGGGAUUUGGGAAGUGGGGUCUCGAGAAAGAAUCGCCCACAAGGCCUUCAAAGUCCGGGACAUCUCAGCUUGCUCAGUGACUCUUCAUGUAAUGGCCCUCACUGAGCUCGGUGAAUCUAUGCUUUUGCUGUCUGCUCUUUCUCUCUCCUGGGUAAUGAGCAUUCUAUGUGCUACUCUAAUCCAUCUGCAGCUGACGGUCUGUCUUUCCAUUUUUGGCGAUCAAUCUGUACAGGCUGCACUGGUGAAGGAUGCCACCAUUUCUGUUAACCGAUGUUUAUGGAGUCCUGACGGAUCUUUAAUCGGUAGAAUUCGCAUGAUUUGUGGUGGAUGACAUCGCAAAAUAUUGAUCUUCUGUUUAUAGUCCCCUCUGCUCGAUCAAAAGAGUGUUUUCUUUACCCACUGCCUUCCUCUUUUUCUCCAUGCAGGCGUUGCAUUUUCCAAGCACAUCAUUCAGACAUAUACAUUUAACCAUGGUGAUUUUAGGCUACAGCUGGAGGUAAGUCCUAAGUUUUAUAUGCUUCUUUCCAUCGAAGGGCUACUGACUGACUUUCUGUAUAAUUGGAUAGAUUGAUGCCCAUGUUGGCGGGGUCAACGACAUAGCCUUUUCUCAUCCCAACAAAAGCCUCUCGAUAAUCACAUGUGGGGACGACAAGACCAUCAAGGUAAUGCAGUCUGAUCGUUGUGGAGAACAUUCGUGCCACUCAGUCGCUUCCUCAUACCAUGGUGUGCGUGGUCAACGCUCAACAGGUGUGGGAUGCUGCAACCGGGCAGAGGCGCCAUACUUUUGAGGGUCAUGAAGCUCCUGUGUAUUCUGUAUGCCCUCACUACAAGGAGAACAUCCAGGUAGUCCCUAGCCCAAAAUCAUUUCCAGCUCCUCCUUUUAGUAAGAAUCUUGGGAGAACCAGCAGAUUCUUCUAACUCUCGCCUCUACUUUCAGUUCAUUUUUUCAACAGCCAUUGACGGGAAGAUCAAAGCGUGGCUCUACGACUGCCUGGGCUCCAGGGUUGACUAUGAUGCUCCCGGGCUUUGGUGCACAACAAUGGCAUACAGCGCAGAUGGCACUAGGUGAAGUUGUGUGCGUGCUUCUUCCUUGCAUUCGAAUCUGGACACUUACCCUCACAUCUCCAACUGUGUAGGCUCUUUUCCUGUGGAACGAGCAAAGAAGGUGAAUCUCACCUGGUCGAGUGGAACGAGACUGAAGGAUCCAUCAAGAGGACCUACUCUGGUUUCAGAAAAUCCUCCCUCGGUGUGGUUCAGUUCGACACGACGAAGAACCGGUUCUUAGCCGCCGGAGACGAGUUCCUGAUCAAAUUCUGGGACAUGGACAAUAAGGAUGUGCUCGCCACUGCAGACGCAGAGGGCGGAUUGCCCGUCAGUAUGAUCAUUUUUUUACCCAAAGCAGAAAUUGGGCUCCUUGUGAUCUUUCUCUCAUCCUUCUCUCCCAAAAUGCAGGCAAGCCCACGUCUGAGGUUCAACAGGGAGGGUUCUCUGCUUGCAGUCACCACCAAUGACAACGGAGUCAAGAUCUUGGCGAGCUCUGACGGGCAGCGCCUCAUGAGGAUGCUGGAGAGCAGAGCCUUCGAGGGCUCCCGCACCUCAUCUCAGCCUAUGAUCAGCAAGGUAGUAUUGUACCCGUUAUUUCCCACUUGGGCUUUCAGAUUGAUCUGAAACAGUUGUCAAUCUCACCGAUAUUCCCCUUUGUAGGCUCCUAUUGUGAAUCUCUCUUCUCCCAUGGCCGCCGCCAUGGAACGACCCGACAGAGCCCUGCUACCUUCCAUACCGAUGGCUGCUGGAAUGGUAACAGUUGCUCUUGCCUCGCCGUCACCUGGCGGCUGUGGUGGUGUGCUUGUUAUAUAUAUAUAUAUGUCUGAGUGUGGGGAAUUUCUCAGGGUUCGAUGGACAGCAGCAGGAUGGUGGAUGUGAAGCAGAGGCUCCCUGAUGACUCGGACAAGGUCAGAGCCUGGAAACUGGUGGACAUCGUUGACCCAAAUCAGCUCAGAGCCCUGAGGUUGUCAGAUCCGACUGCUGCAGUAGCCAAGGUAUGAAGCGGCGGCAGCUGACUUGGUUUCCCAUUUUCAUGAUUUUCUUUCCAUAAAUAUGUAGAUUUGGUGGGUCAAAUCAGUGCCAGUUUAUGUUGUCGGAACCAGAAAAUACUUUUUUUAUAUAAAAAAAAUCUGUUUUAAAGAAAUAUGGUGUGAUCUUCUGUGGGUUGCAGAUUGUACGGCUGUUAUACACCAACUCUGGAUCAGCUGUGCUGGCCCUGUGUUCUAAUGCUGCCCAUAAACUGUGGAAAUGGCAGCGGACUGAGGGCAAUCCCUCUGGAAAGGUUGGCAAUCUCUCUCUCUCUCUCUCUCUCUCUCUAUCUCUGUUGAAUAUUUUCUAAAGGUGGGUGUUUGGUCGUCAAUUUCAGUCAACCGCGUCUUUCAUGCCCCAGCUGUGGCAACCCGCCAACGGAGCUCCCAUGAUGAACGACACGGCGGAGGUCAGCCCCCCCGAAAAGUCAACCCCCUGCCUCGCCCUGUCCAAGAACGACUCCUACAUCAUGUCCGCCUCCGGGGGGAAGGUCUCUCUGUUCAACAUGAUGACUUUCAAGGUUCCUCCUCCUCCAAUGCGGUGCUUGAAUCCAUCCUCCUCCGCGUUGACUCCUCAUUUCCCCUCCUCAUUGACCUUGUCAUCACCCUCCUCCAGGUCAUGACGACCUUCAUGCCGCCGCCGCCGUCGGCCACCUUCUUGGCAUUCCACCCGCAGGACAACAACAUCAUCGCCAUUGGGAUGGACGAUUCCACCGUUCAGAUAUACAACGUCAGAGUCGACGAGGUCAACCCUUCCGAUCCAAAUCCGCCUCCUUCCCAUUUCAUUGGAGAAGAAGACGAGGCUUUCAAAGUUGACUAACAUCCCUGCGACUUUGGGUCCUCUCCCUCGCCACAGGUCAAAACCAAGCUCAAGGGUCACCAGAAGCAGAUCACCGGGCUCGCCUUCUCUCGGCUGAUGAACGUCCUGGUCUCCUCCGGCGCCGACGCUCAGGUCAACCAUCCGAAAAGCAUCCAUCUUCUUCGCUACAGAGCAUGAUCAAGAUGCCCAUCAACAGUCAUAGUGAUAAGAUGUUCUGUGCCGGCCGCAGCUCUGCGCGUGGAGCAUCGACGGGUGGGAGAAGAAGAAGUCGAGGUUCAUCCAGCCGCCGCCGGGCCGCCAGGGCCCGUUGACCGGCGACACCAGAGUCCAGUUCCACAACGACCAGACCCAGCUGCUGGUGGUCCACGAGACCCACCUCGCCGUCUACGAUGCGAAGCUCGAGUGCCUGAGAUCGGUUGGUAGUGGUGGCGCCGCCGUGCUUCCUUCUUUCUACUUUCUGAGCUCACACCUCCGCCGCGAUCGUCGUUUUGCAGUGGUGCCCCAGGGACUCGCUCGCCGCGCCCAUCUCCAGCGCCGUCUACUCCUGCGACGGGCUGCUGGUCUACGCCGGCUUCUGCGACGGCGCCGUCGGAGUCCUCGACGCCGGCGGCCUCCGGCUGCGCUGCCGCGUCGCGCCGUCGGCGUACCUGGCGCCGCCGCCGGUCCCCUGGUUGGCUUCCUGAUCGUCCCCGAGGUUUUGGCGUGGAUGACUAAUCUAACGAGUUCUUCUUCUUCUUCCUCCUGCUGCAGUGCGUACCCGGUGGCGAUCGCCGCACAUCCGGCGGAGCCCAACCAGUUCGCCUUGGGGAUGAGCGACGGCGCCGUCCAUGUGGUGGAGCCGCCGGAGGCCGAGCCGCGGUGGGGUGCUCCGCCGCCGCCGGAGAACGGCUCCCUCCCCCCCUCCGUUCCCUCUAGCUCCUCUCUGAGCGGCCAGCAAUUCGACGGCCCUUCCCGGUGA